GUGUGCCAACUUAUCCAGCGUUUGCUGGCCUGGCAAACGGAAUAGAACUUCCCUGGUGCGCACCGGAUCGGCCAAGGGCUGGCCGGGUCAACCUCGGCCACGCGGCAGAAAUACCAUAACAAGCUUAUUGUCAAGCCACAGUAACUAGUCUCACAUACCCUGCAGCUUCUACCACUCGUCAAGCGAGCGCAAUUCAGGCCGAGACCCACACUUGCAUUCAUCGGCCCGGUGCUUGACGCCUCUCCUGUGAGGGCGUCAUCAACAUUAGCCUGCAUCCUCUAGGGGCCCCGGUUUGGGCCCGGUUCUCGCCUGCCGACGAGUCGCUCCGCACCUGCGUUGAGGCCGGCAUUUUGCCCAGCCUUCUCGCAAGCGUUGCCCAGUAUGGACAUCUGAGCCCAGUGUGCAAGGCCAAGGGCCUGUUCUCGCGCUGCGAGGCCACCUCCCCACCCACCACCACCAAGCGACCGUGCUCGUUCUGUCCUCGAUCCCUGAAUUUAAGAAGCAGCGGAGAUGGGACGAAACAGACGCGGUCCAGCCUAUCUGGAGGACGAGGAGUAUUGGCAGGAGGAGGAGGAGGAAUACGACGACUACGAUGCUUACGACGAGGUUGCGGGAGGAUGCGAGGCGUCCUAUGGCACCAGCGAGCGGGCGGAGGGUAACAAUGACGCAGACCACCAAACCGCGGUUACAGCCGACGACGGCUCGAUUAUGUUGAACGAGGAGCUGAACGAGGACGUGUGUGCUAUCUGCCUUGGCGAAAUCGAGCUGGCGGAGACGGCCAUCAUCAAGGGCUGUGAGCACCAAUACUGCGUGAACUGCAUCCUGCAGUGGGCGGUUCAGAAGGAGGCGCCCUGGUGCCCGCAGUGCAAGAAGCCGUUCAACUACCUGUACACGCACCGCCUGCUGGACGGCACGCUCAGCGACGCGCCCUGCGAGGAGAGCGUGUGCCUGCUCAAGCGCGCCACCUGGUUCGUGGAGCACGUCAAGAGCCUGAACGGCGGCAAGGCUGUGUCUGCGGCCAUGGCCACCGCCGACGAUUUCCCCGCCGAGUGGGGCGCCGGCGACCUGUACGACGAGGAUGACUACGACGAUGACGAGGACGAGCAGAUUGAGAACUUCUACUUCAGCCGGGCCGCAGGCCCCGCUCGUAUUGUUAUUGGCAACCGGCGCCUGGGCGAGAACGGCUUCCAGCGCGCCGGCCGCAUCUACGCGCGCCCCACCCACAACAACAACAACAAUAACAACUCUGCUAGCACCAGCAGCGCCGCCGCUACGAACGCGACCGCCGGCAGCGGCAUCGGCAAGCCGGGCAAGAUGCGUGCUGGCGGCAACAGCAGCAAGAUUGCGCCACACCUCGUGCGCGGCAGCGGCGGAGCCGCGGGUGACGCCGGCGGAAGCGCCACAGGCGGCAGCAGCCCUCUGGGCACGUCGCCGAGCGCCGGCGGCAUGGGCCCCCUGAGCGCCGGCGGUGGCGGCGGCAACAGUGCUGCCGCCACACCGUCGGCGCCGGGGCAGGGCCGGCGCGCCAAGCGCAACGCCCGCCGCGCCGCUGCCGAUAUGGCGGGUCUGUCCCUGGGUGUGUAGUGGCACAUGGCGAGCCGGGUGCCUCAUGCCUGCGCGCUGUACCGUGGCGGCUUAGGCCGAAGCGGCGCCAUGGCUGCAAGCAAGAUCCCAGGCAGUUGUGAGGCUGUGGGCGCAUAAUUCAAGAACACUGGGCAUUGCAGCCUUUUUCCUUGUGCUUGCGUCUGAAGGUGCUUGUGCAAAACAUUGUAGACCGUUGCUGCCGCUUGCGGUGGAUGGCUAUGGGACAUCGCCCUUGCUCUAGUACAGCGUUCUGUCAAGCGAAGUUUUGCUUCCUGUGCUUAUCGCAAUGGUCCGCCUGAUGGCUUGCGUUCCAUAAUGAUUUGCUUUGUACCAACACCAAAGAGCGAUAGUUGAAGCUGCCUGCUUGAAUGAGUUGUAGUCCUGUCCCAUAUGGUGUAUGGUGCUGUCAGCGGCCGAGUGACCGAAUCGAGAGAUGGAGUCAAGUGUGUCGGCCAACCAGCCAUAUUGCUGCUGCCUGGGAGUGGGGUUGUCUGGGGGGUGCAAGCUUGCUGUCGCCACCGUCACUGUCGGUGGGCCACGGUGCCAGCGGGCACAUGCAAAAGAUGGAGGACGGGGACGGUAUGCGAGCACGCAGAUUCCCAGUUAGACACAUUGCAGGGAAGAAGCUUGAACCGUACCGUUGACGGACCGACUUGGUCAGUGCUGACGCGCACUUCCGUUGGCAAUACGAAAUGAGAGCGUGGGCCGGACUCCUCGAGUGGUGGUGGCUGGUAGGCGGGAGGCGAGGCCUUACCUGUAUCAUACAUGCGGCAUCGUAGCAGGUACUUGCGAUAGGCCAAAGAGAGUUUCAUGAUAGUGCUUCGGACGUACGGAGCCGGGAGGGCGUUGUUGGGGCCGGGGCAUGCAACGAGUCGCGUAGGGUCGUCACGGCACCGUCCGACGUACGGUCGCAUAAUUACAUGCCGAGGUGUGGCACGCUGUCGCGAAGAGAGUUCUUGCCUUUCAGAGUGACGGCGCUGUGCAUGAUCGGUGAUGGGGUGAAGCGCGAGCGCGGGUUCACUAAGCCAGUGUAAGGGAUUUGCCCG